GCUGCAGGACCCCUGGGCUUUGCGCAGCUGAUGCUUGUCUCCAGCUUCCGGAGGCACAGCCUGUGGUCCUACGGAGCGUCCCGGUGCUUGCACACCUAGCUGAGACCGUGGUUGGUCCUCUCCGGCUAGUUUGAAGUCUCUGCGGCUCGAGGCUCUUGCGGUGGGGGAAAGGAGAGGCCGGUGUGGAGCUCUCGGGAGGUUGGGGCUGACUCAUCUGGAGUCCCCGACUCCCCUGUGAUUGCACUUGGAAACUUUCCGCUGUGUUUCAGUCUCUGUCUCUCUUGGGGAAGCUGGACGGCAGUUCAGCAGGCCAGGUCCCUGGCCAGGACCGCGCACUAGGGGCCAUGGAGUUCACGGCGUCGCCCAAGCCCCAGCUUUCCUCCAGGGCCAACGCCUUCUCCAUCGCCGCGCUGAUGUCGAGCGGCGGCUCCAAAGAGAAGGAAGCUACGGAGAACACUAUCAAACCACUGGAACAAUUUGUCGAGAAGUCGUCCUGCGCUCAGCCCCUGGGCGAGCUGACCAGCCUAGACGCUCACGGGGAGUUUGGUGGCAGCGUCGCGGGCAACAGCAGCCCAUCUUCCUCCUCUCUGUGCACUGAGCCGCUGAUCCCCACCACCCCCAUCAUCCCCAGCGAGGAAAUGGCCAAAAUUGCCUGCAGCCUGGAGACCAAGGAGCUCUGGGACAAAUUCCACGAGCUGGGCACGGAGAUGAUCAUCACCAAGUCUGGCAGGAGGAUGUUUCCUACCAUUCGUGUGUCCUUUUCUGGCGUGGAUUCUGAGGCCAAGUACAUAGUCCUGAUGGACAUCGUCCCUGUGGACAACAAGAGGUACCGCUACGCCUACCACCGGUCCUCCUGGCUGGUGGCUGGCAAGGCAGACCCUCCGCUGCCAGCCAGGCUGUAUGUACAUCCAGACUCUCCUUUUACUGGUGAGCAGCUACUUAAACAGAUGGUGUCUUUUGAAAAGGUGAAACUCACCAACAAUGAACUGGAUCAACAUGGCCAUAUAAUUUUGAACUCAAUGCAUAAGUACCAGCCACGGGUGCACAUCAUUAAGAAGAAAGACCACACAGCCUCAUUACUUAAUCUGAAGUCUGAAGAAUUCAGAACAUUCAUCUUUCCAGAAACAGUUUUUACGGCGGUCACUGCCUACCAGAAUCAACUGAUAACCAAGCUGAAAAUAGAUAGUAAUCCUUUUGCCAAAGGAUUCCGGGACUCCUCCAGGCUCACUGACAUUGAGAGGGAAAGUGUGGAGAGCCUGAUUCAAAAGCAUUCCUAUGCCCGCUCACCCAUCCGUACCUAUGGAGGAGAAGAGGAUGUGCUGGGGGAUGAGGUUCAGACAACACAAAAUCGAGGAUCAGCCUUUACAACAUCUGAUAAUUUGUCUCUCAGUUCCUGGGUAUCAUCUUCAUCCAGUUUUCCUGGAUUUCAGCACCCACAGUCCCUGACUGCUCUUGGCACCAGCACAGCAUCCAUAGCGACACCCAUUCCUCACCCUAUACAGGGUUCCCUGCCACCAUAUAGCCGACUUGGGAUGCCUCUAACCCCAUCGGCCAUUGCCAGCUCCAUGCAAGGGAGUGGCCCAACAUUCCCCUCAUUCCACAUGCCCCGGUAUCAUCACUACUUUCAGCAGGGGCCCUAUGCUGCUAUCCAAGGACUGCGCCAUUCCUCUGCUGUGAUGACGCCAUUUGUAUGACUCUUCUAAAAAUAGGAGAAUCUAGAUCCAGAAUGUGCAAAUGGAUAAUUCCAACCUCCUCCCCUGAUAAUAAGAAAAUAAAAACAUUUUGGUGAAAUAGUACAUCUGGACAAAAAAUACAGCUUGUUGUAUUUUACUUCUGGUACAUUAAAAUACUUUAUUUAGUUGUUGUUUUUCUUAGUUUCAGAAACCUAAAAGAAGGUCUUCUAUUUCCUAAAGGAUAAAAUUGGAUCUAGCCUCUUUAGUAGACUCUAUCACCGUUCUAUUGUUUGCUGUGUUCAUUUGCUUAACGAAUUGCGUGAGAACAGUCACUGUAAUGAAGUGUGUGUGCUGGGGGUGGUGGGAAGGGCGUGGGAAAUGUUUUAUGAAAAAGGAAGUUAUAAGCCUAAUACUAUAAAGUAACAUCUAAUGAAGUUCUUUUUAAGUGCAAUAUAUUUAUUUCUGCUAGAAAUGUAUUAUCAACAUUAUGUAAUAUUUGAAGCAUUACAUGU